AUGGUCAGACUCAUCCCAGCCCCACGUGGUACCGGAAUCGUUUCUGCCCCAGUCCCAAAGAAGCUUCUUACCAUGGCUGGAAUCGAGGAUUGCUACACCGCCGCUAAGGGAUCCACCGCUACCCUUGGGAACUUCGCCAAGGCCACCUAUGCCGCUCUCCAAAGAACCUACUCCUACCUCACCCCAGAUCUCUGGAAGGAGGAGGCCCUCGAGAAGUCGCCAUACCAACGCCACCACGAGUUCCUUGCUCGCAACUAA